UCUCUUGUCAUCUCUCUCUCUCUCGAGUCCAAAGUGAGAGCCUUCCACAGCCAAGAUAAAAUACACACAGCGAAGUUCUUAACGAAGACUUUUCCUCAAAGCUAUAACGAUCGCCGUCGUUCGACGGACCCCUUCUCUCAUUUCCCCGAUCGCCGUGAUAAGUUUAUCAGGACAGAAACUAAUGAGUGAUCAUCUAGAUUCUGGUGCUGACCGGAAUAUAGAGCCUGAGAAUUCACUACCAACACAAGGUGCGGUGAUACUUCCAUCUUCUGGGAGUUCUUCUUCUCAGCCUGUUGAUAAAUCUUCUUGCUUUAUUGAUAUGGAGCGAGUUAGAGAAGAUGAUGUCUGCGAUGAAAAGGAGCCACUUCUUCAGACAGUGGAAUGCCGAAUUUGCCAAGAGGAAGAUAGCCUGGUGAAUUUGGAGGUUCCCUGUGCUUGUAGCGGUAGUCUAAAGUAUGCUCAUAGGAAAUGCGUCCAGCGAUGGUGCAAUGAAAAAGGCGACAUCAUUUGUGAGAUAUGUCGCAAGCCUUACCAGCCUGGAUAUACUGCCCCACCGCCACCUCCGCAGUCAGAAGACACUGCAAUUGAUAUAGGCUUCCUUUUCCUAAUGAAUUGUUACAUUUCUAUUUUUUGCAGUGAAGGUUGGACUAUUGCUGGCACUCCUUUGGAUCUCCGUGAUCCCCGAAUUUUGGCAAUGGCUGCUGCUGAACGCCAUCUUCUAGAGGCCGAGUAUGAUGAGUAUGCUGAUAGCAGUGCAAAUGGUGCUGCAUUCUGUCGAUCUGCUGCUCUAAUUCUUAUGGCUCUUCUACUCUUGAGGCAUGCUAUGUCUCUAAGCAGUUCGGAUGGUGACGAUGACGAUGAUGCUUCAACCUUUUUCUCUCUUUUCUUGCUGAGAGCUGCUGGGUUUCUUCUCCCAUGCUAUAUCAUGGCUUGGGCCAUCAGCAUUCUACAACGAAGAAGGCAAAGACAGCAGGAAGCGGAAGCACUUUCAGCAUCAGAAGUUGCCUUCAUGAUACAGGCAGGCCAACACCCAGGCUUGCAUUUCACAGUAGCUGCUGGUCCUGCAUUUACAACUCCUGAAGAAGCAGCACCUUCUCCACCGCCGAGACAUUCAGUUUAAGUGUCGAGUAAAUUUAUUUAUGGUGGUGGUGGAAAACACGAGAUUCUGUGAUUGUCCAUCCAAGUUGUACCAUCUUUAAAUUUGGACCUUUACUUGUGAGAAACCACCUACAUGGCUCUCCUGUGACUUGACCUGAGUGGGAUAUGUUUCCUGGACAUGUAUUAAUGUACAUAGGUGAUCUGUGAUGUAUCUGUGGCCGCCGUUUGUUUGUGCUGCUUUGGGAUCUACGUAAUAUCAGGGGCAGAGCUGUUGUUUCUUUAAAUGGUACAUGUCACACUAAUAUGUAUCUCUGAUCUUGCUGGUUUUGGUUCACAACUUGCUUUAUUUCUAGGUUGAUUAUACAGUGAGCUGCAACCCUGCAGAUCAGAAUGUGAUAUAAGACCAACCUGGCAGUAGUCUUUGCUUUAGGAAGUGUAGAAGUACCAACACCUUAACAGCUGUCUUGGCUAUAUCGUAGGAGCAUGACAGAGACUGCACAACCUUUUCCCGAUUAUACAUUGCCAACAACAGGUCCAUUUUUAAACUAGACAGUCAAAGAUGUCAACUGCUCGCGUUUAAUUUGGC